AGUUUCCCGCCGGCCUCGGCUGCGGGAGCCGGUGCUCCCAGGUGUAGCGCCCCCGCGCGGCGCGGGCGGCUGGGCAUCUUUGCAGCAUGACGGGCCAGAGCCUGUGGGACGUGUCGGAGACCAACGUCGAGGAUGGGGAGAUCCGCAUCAACGUGGGCGGCUUCAAGAGACGGCUGCGUUCGCACACGCUGCUGCGCUUCCCCGAGACGCGCCUGGGCCGCCUGCUGCUGUGCCACUCGCGCGAGGCCAUCCUGGAGCUCUGCGACGACUACGACGACGUCCAGCGCGAGUUCUACUUCGACCGCAACCCGGAGCUCUUCCCCUACGUGCUGCAUUUCUACCACACGGGCAAGCUUCACGUCAUGGCAGAACUGUGCGUCUUCUCCUUCAGCCAGGAGAUCGAGUACUGGGGCAUCAACGAGUUCUUCAUCGACUCGUGCUGCAGUUACAGCUACCACGGCCGCAAAGUGGAGCCUGAACAGGAGAAGUGGGACGAGCAGAGCGACCAAGAGAGCACCACGUCGUCCUUCGACGAGAUCCUGGCCUUUUACAACGACGCUUCCAAGUUUGACGGGCAGCCCCUGGGCAACUUCCGCAGGCAGCUGUGGCUGGCUCUGGAUAACCCGGGCUACUCGGUCCUGAGCCGGGUUUUCAGUAUCCUGUCCAUCCUGGUGGUGUUGGGAUCCAUCAUCACCAUGUGUCUCAAUAGCUUGCCCGAUUUCCAAAUCCCUGACAGCCAGGGCAACCCCGGCGAGGACCCCAGGUUCGAAAUCGUGGAGCACUUUGGCAUUGCUUGGUUCACAUUUGAGUUGGUGGCCAGGUUUGCUGUGGCCCCUGACUUCCUCAAGUUCUUCAAGAAUGCCCUAAACCUUAUUGACCUCAUGUCCAUCGUCCCCUUCUACAUCACUCUGGUGGUGAACCUGGUGGUCGAGAGUUCUCCUACCUUGGCCAACUUGGGCAGGGUGGCUCAGGUCCUGAGGCUGAUGCGCAUCUUCCGCAUCCUAAAGCUAGCCAGACACUCUACUGGCCUGCGCUCCUUGGGGGCCACCCUGAAAUACAGCUACAAGGAAGUAGGGCUGCUCCUGCUCUACCUCUCUGUGGGGAUUUCCAUCUUCUCUGUGGUGGCCUAUACCAUUGAAAAGGAGGAGAACGACGGCCUGGCCACCAUCCCUGCCUGCUGGUGGUGGGCUACUGUCAGUAUGACCACCGUGGGGUAUGGAGAUGUUGUCCCAGGGACCACAGCGGGGAAGCUGACUGCCUCGGCCUGCAUCUUGGCUGGUAUCCUCGUGGUGGUCCUGCCCAUCACUUUGAUCUUCAAUAAGUUCUCCCACUUUUAUCGGCGCCAAAAGCAACUCGAGAGUGCCAUGCGUAGCUGUGACUUUGGAGAUGGAAUGAAAGAGGUCCCUUCGGUCAAUUUAAGGGAUUACUAUGCCCAUAAAGUUAAAUCCCUCAUGGCAAGCCUGACAAACAUGAGCAGGAGCUCACCGAGCGAGCUGAGUUUAAAUGAUUCCCUCCAUUAGCCUGGAGGGUUUGUUAUCCUCAAACCUACAUUGUUGAGCUGCCCUGUGUGCCUUUGGCACAGUCCGGGCACCUUAGGGUUAUGGCAUAAGGAGUCUGCCCAAUGUCAGAGGGAGAGAUGCAUGGGAUGUGUGCCCCAGGUUGCUUUUGUAGUAUUUAGAGUCAUUUUUAGAGGGUGGUGUGUCUGACACCAUGCCUUUGCACCUUUCAAUGAAGUGAUAUUCACGGGUCUUUGCAUCAUGGGCAUAAAGUGUUUAUCUUUCAGUCAGAUGAGUACCCAGAAUGCCAAUUUCUCUAUUCACUGUGUCACUAUUCUAGUGCUUGUGUCCCAGUACUGUCUGUGAGUUGUUUGUGCUCCUGUUUCUAAGGUUGUUGUGUGAGUUCUGCAAAAAAAACCAAAAAACAAAACAAAACAUAAAAAAAAAACACCCGAUUAGUUUGUCUAGUGGAAACAUAUCUAUCUACAAGGACAGCAAGGAGAUCAUGAGAUUUUGAUCACAAUUAUGUGAAAGCAAAAUCUCAAUCUUUUCCAGUUUUUUUCACUUAAUUUUAAUACCAAAACAAAGAGAAUGCAAAGUUAAGCACACUUGACCAAUGCAAGUCUGUGAGUUGUGUUUUUCUAAGUAAUCCUAUCUCUGUGGCUUGUGUGGGUACAUCAAGUCAUUUUUUUUAAAGAAAGAUAUAUACUGAUGUUCAUCUUGUAAAUGUCACUCUGUAAGAGAAUGUUACUCAGUUAACCAUGUAGUGAAGAUUGAAGCCCUAAAACAGACACUUUAGGGACAGAGACCUCAGCUUAAUACAGACCAAACCCCAGGAUUCUGAAAGUGCAGUUCAUAUAGGCUAAGUCCUUUCAUUCACAGGAAGGUCUCUUUAUUUUUUUUCUUCCUGGAAGAAUAUAUAUUUCUGACUGAGGUUCCUGUCUAGACCAUUUGACCAAAGUUUCCUGUGUCUUGAUAUUAGCAUGUUUUUGAAGUAUUCAUUUUUUAAGGUGUUUAGGUAUAAGGUUGUCUUGUUUCUCUCAAGUAUAAAAGGUUACUGUCAUAUUGUCUUUUGGAGAUGAACAUUGUUAAGGUUGUUAGCAAGGGCAGUAGUUUACUUUGUUGCCUGCUCUAAAAGCUCAUAAAAUGAGAGCCUCUUUAUUUCCAAGCAGAAUUUGCUCAGAUGAUUUUGCUUCUAGGAUACAGUCUGGUAUAUAUGAUACUUUGAUUUUGAUUGCUCCAGAGUUCCUGCUGUAACAUGGAAACCUGGUAAUACGGAAGUGUAUGCUCACAAUGUAGCCGUGCAUGCAGGCAGUGUGGCUCACCCAGGACGGAAACACUUCUUAUUUUCACUGCAAUUGUAGCUUAUUCUAGGAGGGUGGAUAGAGGCCACAGGAAAGGGAAGUUGUAGAACAAAAAAUUGAUACUUCAUGAAAGAUCAUAUAACUGUAAAUUUCUUGAAAAGCUUAAGGCUAGUCAAAAGACCUUUACUAAGGUAUGUUGAAGGGAUAUUGGGUUCCUUCUCCAACAUUCUGCUCCUGUUCUUUAGUUUACCAGCACAUGCCAUUGUGAAGGGGAAUUUGAGCCCUUCCAUGAAAUAAUUUUCCCCCAUCAUGUUCUAGGUAAAUAUGAAUGCUUUUUAGUGGCUUUCAUUAUUGCAAGGCUGUAAAAUGCAGGGAUCUAAGUAUGGAGUAGACAGGCUUUUUAUCCAAAGUUUGGGCCUCCUCUUAAUUGGUCCAUUUUGUGUUUUAGUUGGUUAAGGAUAAUCUAUUCCACACGGGGGUGUGGAGAGGAUCGUCUCAGAGGGCUUUGUGCACUUGCAGUUGCCAUGGCGACUACAGUGUGGGUUAUUUGGAUACUUAUUUGGAUGAAUGCACUGGCCACUUAGGCCCUUGAGCCUCCGGUUCAAAUCCUUCAUCAAAUUGGAGUCUCAUGAUGGGCAGAAGGUGGCAACCUCUGAGUGCCUGCGUGCAAACAUUGUCUAUGUCUGUUUCUUAGAAGCAUCAGGAAUGUGAGAUGACUUGAAGGAAACCCACCCCUGAGUCAGAAUAACAGGGUUAUUUUUCAG